GUAUAGCAUACACUGGCAUGUGCGGCGCAGCGUUGGGCUCAUAACCAUGGAUUCCUUGGAUUUUGCUGUUCGUCCCCCCACCGUGGGCCGAGCCAUUGGCCUUGCCGGAUGUGGAAACGCAUCCAGUCGGGUCUCCUUGGCCUCGGCCUCUCGGAGCGGCGGAAUGGCCGUAGCGGUGGCGACCCUGGCGCUGGCGCAUCACACCCGUCAGAGGCGAACGGAACGAAUGAAGCAGAUCCAGCUGAAGGCUGAGUUGAAGGCAGCUGCAAAGGUAGCUACCUCCAGAGAGACGCCUGCACCACACGAUUUGCUGCUGAGAGUAGCAAGCGGUGAGGUGGGGGACCAUACUCCAGUGUGGCUCAUGCGGCAAGCAGGCCGCUAUAUGAAAGCCUUCAGGGCGUACUCUGAAAGAUACCCUUUCAGGCAACGCUCCGAAACGCCGGCCAUGGCCACCGAGUUGUCCCUUCAGUGCUGGCGACAGAUGCUUGGGCUGUGA